UUGUCAUAAAGUCGCUGCAUACGCAAAGGUCGGGGAAUAAGAAGUGCGGUUCUGCUCACCUGUGACCGGCCGUUCAGGUAUGAAGUCCUGACAGGUCGGGAAUCCACGGACACAUACAGUGGAGCACGGCGUGUGGGGAGAAAUGACCAGAACGUAAAACUUCGGAGGAGAUUCUUCUACUCAACUAUGGCUCUGACGCUGUGAUGUGGCCGACGAGACUCCGGGUUGUUCAAGAUGCUGCUGUGUUUGUCAUCCUCACCUUAUACACGUCUCACCUAGCUGGAUCCAUCUCCAUCAGUUCAUCCCAGAGGAGCUUCACCAGGUCCGUGCAGGACAGUGUUUUCUUCUCUGUGGAUGUUACCUGCAGCGGCGUUCCCAAUGUACAAUGGACCUUUAUGUCCUCAGCGGUGAGUCGCCUCAUAGUUACAUGGCAGCCUUUGAACAUAACGGAGGACUACAGCAACAGAGUGCAGGCCUUCGCCAACGGCUCCAUGGUUCUGUCGGACCUGCGUCUGCAGGACACUGGAUACUACGUGGUCACCAUCACAGAUGCGGCAGGAAGCAGUAAAGACGCUGGGUUUGUUCUGAAGGUGAACGGUUGUGUCCCAUCCCCAGAGGUGCUGUAUGAGGACCUACACUACCUGCUAAUCACUGCCUUAGCCCUGGCUGCAAUGGCUGUUCUUUCAAUGCUGUCUAUGUGGCUGCUCCACAAGGCCUACAAGAAGAUGGUGGUGUGGAGACGUAGGAGACGGAUGCCAGCAAAUGAUGCAACAGAGCUGCAGCCUUUUGAAGACAAUCCAGACAACAACAGACCAGAGACUGUUAAUUAGUGCUGUAAUACAAGGAAAAUGCUUUGUGAAGCUGAUGAGUUGCAGACAAAAGGUUCACCCGAGAGCAGACCUGAAUAUGCACGUACUGUAAAUACGACUUGUACUGUUGAUUCAAAUGGUCGGUGUUGUUUUCUAUUUAUUUAUUUAUUUAUUCUUUGAAGUCAGACAAACAGGAAGUGAUGAACGACUGCCCACUGACAUUUUCAACCAGCUCAGAACAUAAAUUCUUCUCCAGGUGAAACUUGAUUCACUAAGCAAGAAUUUCCUUGUAGUACAGAAGGAAGGCAGUGGUGGGAAGAUGUCGUCGUGCAGUGAAAGCCUGUGUUUUACAUAUUUAUAAUUUCUGUAGUCACUGUAAUCAGUGUUUGCAAUUGUAUUUUAAAAAAACUCACAACUGUAGGCAGAAUCAACCGUGUUUUACCUGAGAAUAAAGUUUGGCAAAUUGGGGA